AGAAAGAAGAGUACAGAGCUUCGUUGGCUGACAGAGAGAGCAAUAGAAGGGGUCAGUAUCAGUCCCAGCGAACGCUUCAACAGCAGUAUUUUCCGGUAACAAAAAGUAGAUGGGUCAUUGAACCAAGGAAGCUUCAGUCCAAGAAUCACAUUGUUUAGAGCUUUUUGUUAAUUGAUCAGGUCUUCUCAAGAAGAUCUGAGAAGUGGGUUUGUUUUAUUUUUUUCAAAAGGGGUAAGCCCAAAAAAAAAGGGAAAAAAAUGAGUGCUUCAAGGUUUAUCAAGUGUGUUACGGUGGGUGAUGGUGCUGUUGGCAAAACUUGUCUUUUGAUUUCAUACACCAGCAAUACUUUCCCUACGGAUUACGUGCCCACUGUGUUCGACAAUUUCAGUGCAAAUGUGGUUGUCAAUGGGAGCACUGUCAACCUAGGGUUGUGGGAUACUGCCGGACAGGAGGAUUACAAUAGGUUAAGACCUCUGAGUUACCGUGGAGCCGAUGUCUUCAUUUUGGCAUUCUCUCUCAUUAGUAAAGCCAGCUAUGAGAAUGUAUCCAAGAAGUGGAUUCCUGAGUUGAAGCACUAUGCUCCUGGUGUCCCAAUAGUUCUUGUUGGAACAAAACUUGAUCUUCGGGAUGAUAAGCAAUUCUUCAUAGACCACCCCGGUGCUGUGCCAAUUACUACUGCUCAGGGUGAGGAGCUAAGGAAAACUAUUGGUGCACCUGCUUACAUCGAAUGUAGUUCAAAAACACAACAGAAUGUGAAAGCAGUCUUUGAUGCAGCCAUUAAGGUCGUCCUCCAGCCGCCUAAAACAAAGAAAAAGAAGGGGAAAUCACAAAAGUCCUGCUCGAUAUUGUGAUCAAACUGUAGGUCCAAGCGAUAUUGCUGGCCACAAUUCUCGUUGUAAUCCCUCACUCGUAUCCUUUUAUCUUCCUUCGUCUCAGAGGAAGUACGAGGUCAUCGUUUGUCUUAUAUUUGAAACUACUAACCAUCUCUUGGAAAUAUCAGGUGGCUUGGUUUUUCUGUAUCAUUCUGGUCUCUAAUUAUUUAAGUCACAGCACCUUGUAGUAGGCCACUCUAGUGUGUCCUUUGUUUUGAUUUGCUUUAUGUAUUAACUACUGAAUGAUCCAGUUAGGGAGCAAUUUUUUUCUUUUCGAAUG